AGAAAGGAAGUGCAAAUGAAUGCAAGUUCAGCCAAGUCCAUCAGCAGGGUCUGGGGCACCCAUGCCUUCCUUGUUAAAAAGGAGGCAUAGGCUGAGAAGGAAGCUGACCUCUACCUUCAGAUUGGCAGGCUCCUCUAGGAGCCAUCAGAAGGCAAGAAAAUCCGAAGCGCUCACUUCAGAAUCACCAGGUGACCCUGAGCCUGGAGCCAGAGUCCCAGAACAGACUAGCCGCUCCUCUCUAGGACACCUCCCUUGGGGGUGGGGCAUUUGGUCCCAAGGGCCUCCAGGACUUCCCCAUCGGUAGCCCAGGUCAGUAGUUUCCACAUCACGACUGCCUCACUUUCUUCCAGUUCAACCAGCCCUGACGGCUCCCAAGCCUUGAGUCACAAAGAGUUGGGUGCCGCUCCACUCACAACAGCAUCGCAGAGCUACUGCAGGAGUAAGUUUACCUCCAAGAUGGGAGAAUUCACUGUGGAAAAUUUCAACCUUGAAGACUUCUUCAGUGGAGAUGUUGAUGUUUACAACUAUAGCUUUGGCAUGCCUCCUCUUCUGUCAGAUGCUGCCCCGUGUCACCAAGAGAACCUAGAUAUCAACAGAUAUGCUGUGGUUGUAAUAUACAUCCUGGUGACUCUGCUGAGCAUUGUGGGAAACUCAUUGGUGAUGCUGGUCAUCUUAUACAACCGGAGCACCUGCUCUGUCACCGAUGUCUACCUGCUGAACCUAGCCAUUGCUGACCUGUUCUUUGCCCUGACCUUGCCUGUCUGGGCUGCAUCUAAAGUAAAGGGAUGGAUUUUUGGCCCGAUCCUGUGCAAGAUAUUCUCGUACGUGAAAGAGGUUACCUUCUACAGCAGUGUUCUGCUGCUAGCCUGCAUCAGCAUGGACCGCUACUUGGCCAUUGUCCAUGCCACAAGUACACUGAUCCAGAAGAGACACUUGGUCAAGUUUGUGUGCAUAACCAUGUGGUUACUAUCACUAAUUCUGGCCCUUCCCAUCUCAAUUCUACGAAAUACUGUUAGGGCAAACCCUUCGACCCUAGUCUGCUAUGAGGAUGUAGGUAACCAGACAUCCAAGUUGAGGGUGGUACUGCGCAUCCUGCCACAGACCUUUGGCUUCCUUGUGCCGCUGCUCAUCAUGCUGUUCUGCUAUGGGUUCACAUUGCGCACGCUCUUUAAGGCCCACAUGGGGCAGAAGCACCGGGCCAUGCGGGUCAUCUUCGCUGUGGUCCUCGUCUUCCUACUCUGCUGGCUGCCCUAUAACCUGGUCCUGUUCACAGACACCCUCAUGAGAACCAAGCAGAUCAAGGAGACCUGUGAGCGCCGCCAUGACAUUGACAGAGCCUUGGAUGCUACAGAGAUUCUUGGCUUCCUCCACAGCUGCCUUAACCCCAUCAUCUAUGCCUUUAUUGGUCAGAAAUUUCGCCAUGGACUUCUCAAGAUCAUGGCUACUUAUGGCCUUGUCAGCAAGGAGUUCUUAGCCAAAGAGGGCAGGCCUUCUUUUGUUAGCUCUUCUUCAGCAAACACCUCCACUACCCUCUAAGACUGUCCACCUAAACAGUGGCCCCUCAGGGUUCCUUCUUAUCCUUCAGCAUGGCUCAUUACCAGAGACUGUGUAUUUGUAUUGAUGCCACCUCUCCUUUACAGUUACAGGGAGACAGAGGUCACUUUCUUACCAGAGCCCCAACUGCAGAGUUUAGAAUCCCUAUGCUGGCAGUUCACUCCCUUCCAUCUUGGUACAUCUACUGAUAGAGUUGGUCCAUCCUAACACUAGACCACAAACACUCUUUUCUAAGAAGCACACAUAAAAAUUACAGUGAGAUACUUCCUCUUACCCAUCAGAACAGUUAGCAGUAAAAGGAGGAGGUAGAGGAGAGAAAAUAGCAAGUGUCAUCGAGGAAGUAGGAAAGAGGGAACUUUUCACCUUACCGGUAGACAUAUACCAAAGUACCCCAUACGCAUUGGGACAUAGUGUAGCAGUUUUCCAUAAAACAUAAAAUAUAGAAUCGCCACGUAAUGCAUCAAGUCCAUCUCUAAAUAGGGUACCCAAAAGAAUUGAAAGCCAGGGCUCAGACAUUUGUGUGCCAAUGUUCACAAUAGCAUUAUUCAUAAGUCAAAGCAACUAAAAUGAUGGCCAAAGGGUGAAUGGGUACGUUAAACACAGUGUCUAUACACAAUGGAAGAGCAUCCCACAAUGAGAAGUGCCAAAAUAAUCAAAUAGUGACGACUGGAGGCUGGGUGAGGAAGGGUGGGGAGUUAGUGUGGAAGACACAGCUCCAGUUAGGGAUGAUGGAAAAGCCCUGACGGUGGGCCCUGAUCCCUGUGUAAUAGUGUGAAAGUACUCAUUGCCAUUGUAUUAAAGGCGUUAAAACGAGGACUGGCUAUUGCUCACUGGGAGAGUGCUUAUUUAACACCUCUGAGAACUCAGGCUCGGACCCUAGCACCUCAACAAACAAAUGAACCAAAAUAAAGCUAAAAUGGUCAUUUUUGUGAUGUGUGUUUUACCUCGGUUUACUAAAAAAAAUAUAAAAAUCUAAGUAAAAAAAAUGUUCUUUAACCACUGAACCAGUGCAAAACUAUCUACCUUGUAAUUUCCUGUAAAGUGUGACCAUUAAAUGUCUUUUUAAAAAAUAUA